AUUUGUUUCUGUAGGAUGUGCGGGCGCAACGUCGAAACGUGAAUACACAUUUGAUUCGUGCUUACCUACAUAAUUUCGUGCGUUUUUGUAUGUGUAUGUGUGUUACCGUUAUAAAUUAGGAUAAGCGGAAAAAAGACGAAAGAAACGGCGCAAAAUUUGAUCAUUAACUAAAACAAAUUUGUUUCGUGUUUGUUAUUAGUUAUUAUUUUUUUUGUUGGUCUAUUAACCUUUGGCAGCAGCAACUUUUACGCUGGCGCCUGUCGAGAACAACAACAACAAAAUAAGCGUAGUUGGUGGAAAGGCACUUCAAAGCGAGCGCACGUCAACCGCAGCAGCAAAAAAAAACAACAACAACAACAACAGAAGCUUCUAGCUCUGCCCAAAAGGCCGACGGCUUUUAUGCAAAAACCGAAAAAAAAAAAGCAUCUCACAGUCGAUUUUUGUGAGCUUAUCAGCAGCAGCAGCAGCAAUACACAAGAACAGUUAUGUCUAAGGAUCCAGCUACGACACGCAUACCACGCCUGGACGGCAUCUCGCGCAUUCCGCCGCCGGGCAGCUUUGGUGGCACCACCAGCGCCAGCGCCACCUCGCACAUACGCCCACCCACAGUGAAGUCGACCACACAAAUCUUUCGUGCGCCCGCCGCGCCGGCCAAUGUCAAGGCGCGGCCCAUUAGCUCCUAUCAUCCGGCGGCGGCGCCGCUGCACGAUCUCGGCGCCAGCAUCAAGAAGAGCGCCUCCGGCGAGCGGCUGAACAAUGCGGUCAGCUUGAUCAGCAAACGCACUACCAAUGUGCUCAAGAAGUACUUUGGACAGGGCAAAAUGAUGGGCGCCAGCGUGGGCGGAAUACAGGGAGCAGCUGCCUCGAGCCUGAUGACCAGCUCGCUGCCACACACCCCGCUGCCCGCUGCCAAGCAGCCGCAGCAGCAGCAGCAGCAGCAGAGGCAACAGCAAUGCCUGCUGACCAGCAGCACGCCAAUGCCGCUGAUGCGCUCCGAGACGUUUGUGUGCGACGAGGAGGAGCAACAGUUAAGGGAGCGGGAGCCGGAGGGGGAGCAGUCACAGAUGCAGUUAACGCUCUCGGCCACGCCAAAUCGCACGCGGCUGGAGAACACGCGUCUCUCCAGCGUGGGCUUUGGACGCACCCUGGAUUUGGAUGCAACAUUGAUCGAAUCGAGCUCUCCACUGAGCCGUACUCGAACUGUCAUUGUGGACAAAAAGGAGCAGCCGGAGCUGGAUCCGAAUGCCACAAAGCUGGUGAGUCCUUUGAGCGUCACCCGGCUGGCAACUAGCUCUGCCCAGGCGGAUCGCACACGCCCUGUAAUCCCCGCGAGCGACGAGCCAGCAGAUGCCACACACCUUCUGGGCAAUCUCAGCGGCGAGCGAGCAGAUCGCACGCGUCCCGUAAUCCCCGCCAAGGGUGACUCAACCGAGCAACUGGAUACCACACAGCUCUUGGCCAAUUUGAGCUGCUUCCGUGCGGAUCGCACGCGUCCCGUGGUCAGUGGUCCAGAGGCGGCCGAUCGCACACGCACCAUAAACGCCGCCGGCAGCGAACCGAGCCAUGAGCUAAACCUGGACUUGACUAGGAGCAUGGAAAAGCUGCCGCUGCUGGAGCACAUGUCCAUGCCCUCGGGCCUGGAUCUGCUGAUGAACGGCAUCAAAUCGGAUUUGCCGCUGGAAACGGAACUGGAUAAUACCGAGUUGGAUGUGACGCUGACCGCCUUGGCGCCGGACAAGAGCACCAUGAAGCUGCCCCUCAACUCGACCAUCAACACGGAGCGCCUGCUGGACAUCAGCGGGCUGCAGUCGCCGGCACGGCACAUCCAGCUGCUCAAUUUGACGCGCGAAUUUUUGGAGCAGACGCCGCAACGCUGCGCCGGAGGUCGCUCGAUGCCGCAGCAUUCGCUGGUCUGCCUGACGCCGCAGUCGGCGACAACGACGCCGCACGGCGUCGGACGCUAUCAGCAGACGCCGGUGCCGGUGCAUCUGCUGUCGCCGCUGUUGAAGGCGGCGCGCAGCGAUCUGGUGCUGCCGACGCGCACGCCCGAGGGUGAACUGUUGCCGCCACAUCUGGUGGAUGCCACGCUGGGCAGUGCGGUGCAGCUGCGUACGCCGCGUACGCGCUACAGCUUUGGCCUGGAGCUGCAGGAGACUACUCUGGACUCCUCCAUGGAGCUGGUCGACAAUUCGUUUUCGGCAUCGCAGCAGCAGCUGCAGCAGUUGCAGCAGCAGCUGCUCAAGAAGCAGCACAGCUUCGAUUUGGAUGAGAGCUUGGGCAUCCUGACGCCGGAUCAAAUGAAGGAGUUCCUGGACUCAUCCUCGCAGCACAACAACAACAACAGCAACAAUCCCAAUCUCAGUCAUCAGCUGGAGCUGCAGCUGGUCGCCGCCGCGGCACAACAGCAACAGCAGCAACGGCAGCAGCAGCAGCAACAGCAACAACACUUGCAACUGCAACAGCAGCUGCGCCUGGAGCAGACACCUUCGCCGGAGGAGCUGCCUCUCGAUCCCAUAGAGCCGCAGCUGUCGGCUGCUUUGGCGGCACCUGCGCCCGCUGUUGCCGCCGCCGUCGUGGUGGCCGCUCCGGCCGCUGCUCCCAAGCUGAGCAACAGUUUUAUAACCAGCGUGACCAGUGUGACCAGCCUGGAUACGGGCUAUCAGGGCGACGGCGAAAUGUCGCGUCCGGCAUCGCGCGGCGCCUGCGAUCAUUCGCCCAGCAAUGGACCGCACUUGGGCCGCGUCAGCCGCCAGCCCAGCUUUCCGCCCAUGCCGGCAGCGCCGGCGGCUCCGAUGCGUCGUCAGGAUCCGAUGACCGAUUCGGAUUUCUUUACCGAAUCCGAUGCGGACGAUGUGCUGCAGCGCGGCGAUCGCCGCGCCCAGGUCAUCGAUGGCCAGCUAUAUGGUCCGGCUAUGCAGCCGAGCGCCUCGGUGCCGCAGCUCGAGGAUUCGUGCAUGGAAUCAUCGGGCAUUUUUACGGAUGUCGAAAAUCGCUGCGAUGAGGAAAUGCGGCUGCCCGAACUGGAGCUGGACAUGGAAAUGGAGAUGGACAUGUCGCCCGACGAGUCCACGCAGACGCUGCGCAAAGCUCAAGGUCAAGCGCAGAGAGCCGAGCAGCAGCAGUCGCAGUCGCAGCCGCGUCCGCUCUCUUCUUCGUCGGCCGCGACGACGCUCUCCAAUCGCACCUCGUACUGCAGCGUCGACGGCGGCAGCGCCAAAAGCUUUUGCGACGAAGCUUUCAACGCGAGCAGCGACCAACAGCAGCAGCAGCCGCAGCGAUCGUCAGUACAGUGCGCAGCGUCGCCGCGUCCACACGCAUCGUUAACGUCGCUCUGCACGGUUGAGAAUUUUAACAGCGCGUCGCCAUCUUCCAGCUCGUCGCUCGCAUCGCCCAAAUCGUCGUGUAAAAUUACAACAACUGCUACAGCAGAAAAUAAAAAAUCGUCGCGCAGUGUUAAAACGCCAAAUAAAUGGGAUGCAGUUAUGCAUAAAAUCGCCAGCAAUAAGUCAACCAUCAAAACUAAUUACAAUGAUGUGAAAUCCAAAGUGUCCACCACGCGCAACAUGGCCGGAUCCGGAUCCGGAUCGGGAUCGGGCGCUGGCACUGGCGCCUCGGCUCCGCGCAGCCCCUCGACCAGCAGCGGCAGUCCGCGCAUAAGUCCCACGGUGAGGCGUUCGCCUUCGGGCACGCCGCUGGUCAAGCGCAGCGGCAGCGUUAGGCCUACGAAUGCCACGCCCACAACGUCGACGUCAACGCGGCAGCCACAGGAUAAAGGCUCUGUUGGCGUCGGCGCCGGCGUCGGCGUCAAUGUGUUUGCUCGUCUCUCCAAAUCGCAGUCACCCACAUCGCCCACUGCGGCCGCAACAGCAGCAGCCGCAGCAGCAGCAAAGCGUUUGCAGCCGGUAUUGGUUAAACGUGGUCGCUCCUACAGCAAGGACAGCCAGAAGAGCUCGCACAGCGACCUGAGCUCACUGUGCAAUGGCAAUGGCAGCGGUUCCCCAAAACUAUUGGCAAAAACUCCACUGCGUUCGGCCAAAAAGCGGGAUGUACGCAAUUUGAGCAUAUCACCCACGGAUCUGGGACCGCCGCCAAAGACCCAACAGACAGUCAAGGGACAAUCGACGAGGAAUAAGUCCCUGACGCCAACGCCUAUAACUAUACAAAAACGCUCGCAAAGCAACAUUGGGGCAACACCAACACCAGCAACAACAACAACAACAACAAAAACACCAUCAACUGCAACAACAACCACAACAACUACAAUCGCCACGCCCACUGGCAACAAAGGCGUAAAGACAUCGCCACAAAAGGCCGUCAAAAAUGCUGCAGGAAAUGCGGUUAUUAAAAAUUUAAAUGCCACAAAAACUUUGCCCGCGGGCAUUCCAGAAGACGACGACGAUAACGAUAACGAUGACGAUGACGAUGACGAUAACGAUUAG